AAGUCCCCAAGACGGGAAAAGAUGAUGCUCAAGUAGAAAGGGAUCAAAGAAAAACCUGAUUCGUGCCAGAGCUGACAGCUGUUACUCCAGGCUGACAGGGGAGGAGAAGGGAGAAUAAGGGAACGAGACGGGAGGAGGAGAUGCAUGGAAAGGGCAUUUGUAAUGAAAGAUUCACCCAGGGCCCAUGUCAUAGGAUGAACCCUGCUUGUCCCCUCUUACUAUCUGUGAUAUCGUCUCUUGUCUUGUGCUCUUGGGGUUCACACCCUACACCGAGCACAUGCUCGGCUCUGGCCUCUGGAGUUCUGUACGGAGCCUUCUCUCUUAAGGACCUAUUUCCUGUCUUCUCUCCUGGCUGCUCUUGGACCCUGGAGAACCCAGACCCAACCAAAUACACAUUAUACCUGAAGUUCACUCACGAGGAGCAAGUGUGCUCACAUCUAUCCCCCAUGGUGCAAGCUUUGGAUCAUUAUCUUCCCAACCACACCUGCAGCCGGCCUGAGGAAGGGGCAGACGAAGCUCAGGAACUCUGUGCCACUGAGUCUCCAUUUACAUUUUCUCACUUUGAUAAAAAUUUUCUUCGUAUCUGCUUGUCAGAGCAGCCUCUAUCCAUUCAGCUUCUCUCUGACUCUGUGCUGAGUUUCCGCUUUGUGGAGGUUCUGUUGGUCAACCAUGAUAACUCCAGCCAGUUUGCUUGUGGUGUACUUUGCAGAUGGUUUGAGGAGUGUUUGAGAGCUCAUGACUGGGGGGUGCGCUGUGGACUGGCACAGACAGGUUGCACUUGUCCAGAAACAGUAGCAAGGGGACGUAAUGACACUGUUUCCAACUCCAUUGUUCCUGCCGGACAUAGUGACUGCUGUGUUACUCAGCUCCUCCCAGGAAACAGCAAUGAGGAAUAUCCUCGACCAAUCCCUUAUGGAGAAGAUGAACAGGAGGAAAACCAGAAAGUCAAAACCCAGAGGCCACGAUCAGCUGAUGAGCCAGCUGUAUACAUGGCACAGACAGGAGAUCCUGCCGCUGAAGGAUGGUCACAAUGGGGUGUUUGUUCCACAACAUGCAGUCAGGGUACACAAGUCCGCACCCGCUCUUGUGUGUCAUCUCCAUAUGGGACAUUGUGUAGUGGUCCACUGAGGGAGACACGGACCUGCAACAAUACAGCCACAUGCCCUGUGGAGGGGAUAUGGCUGGACUGGGGCCCUUGGGGAAGAUGUUCAGUGACGUGUUCCAAUGGGACCCAACAAAGAAGUAGAAAGUGCAGCAACACAAGUCAAGCUGGAGGAGAGUGUAAGGGACAGCAAACGGACACAAAGGAGUGCAAUAAUCCAGAAUGUGCAGCUGAUGGAAAAUGGGGCCCGUGGAAUCAUUGGAGCUUGUGCUCCAAGACAUGUGACAGUGGCUGGCAGCGUCGCUACCGGAUGUGUCAGGGAACAGGAUUGCAAGGAUACCCGUGCGAGGGCUCCGGGGACGAGGUCAGGACGUGCAAUGAAAAGAAGUGCCCAGCGUUACAUGAGAUGUGCAAAGAUGAAUAUGUCAUGUCCAUGACCUGGAAGAAAGCAGCCGCAGGCGAAAUUGUUUACAACAAAUGUCCUCCGAAUGCCACAGGUUCGGCAAGCCGCCGGUGUCUACUAAGUCCUCAGGGGGUGGCUUACUGGAGUUCGCCAAGUUUUGCCCGCUGCGUUUCCAAUGACUACAAAUACCUUCACAUUGCACUUCGUGAACAUUUGGCCAAAGGUCAGCGUUUGUUGGCGGGGCAAGGAAUGUCUCAUGUAGUUCGAAGUAUGUUGGAACUGGUGUCCACCAAGAACUACUACAGUGGGGACCUUCUUUUUUGUGUUGAGAUCUUGCGCAAUGUGACUGACACUUACAAAAGAGCCACCUAUAUACCCUCAUUUGAAGAUAUUCAGAAGUUUUUCCAUGCUGUCAGCCACAUACUGGAUGCGGAUAAUAGAGAGAAGUGGGAGGACGCACAGCAGGUGGCUCCGGGCUCUGUACUUCUAAUGAAGGUGCUUGAAGAUUACAUUCAUCUUAUUGGGGAUGCUUUAAAGCCUUUCCAGAGCUCAAUCAUUGUUACAGACAAUCUGGUUAUUAGCAUCCAAAGGGAACCUGUCUCUGCUGUAUCCAGUGAUAUAAACUUCCCAAUGAAAGGAAGAAGAGGUAUGAAUGACUGGGCAAGAAACUCUGAAGAUAAACUUUUCAUCCCUAAGGAGGUCUUGAUUUUGCCUAAUGCAGAGACGGAGGACUCAACAUAUUUUGUCAUAGGUGCAGUGCUAUACCGCACCCUAGGGCUCAUCUUGCCUCCUCCAGGGAAUUCACUGGCUGUCAGUUCAAAGGUUUUGACUGUCACCAUCCGGCCUCUUACUAAACCUCCAGACCAGCAAGUAGUGGUGGAAUUAUCGCAUAUUAUCAAUGGUACUUCAAGCCCCCAGUGUGCUGUAUGGGAUUACUCAAAAAGUGAUGCAUCCAGUGGGAGCUGGGACACCGAUAGCUGUCAGACACUGCCAACCCACCCAUCUCAUACCAAAUGCCUUUGCGACCAGCUCUCCACCUUUGCUGUUUUGGCGCAACUACCCAAGGAAAUGGUGAUGGAUGUCUCUGGCUCUCCAUCAGUCCCCCUGAUGAUUGGCUGUGCUGUCUCGUGCAUGGCUUUACUCAUACUCCUUGCUGUUUAUGCUGCAUUUUGGAGAUUCAUUCGUUCCGAGCGCUCCAUCAUUCUGCUCAAUUUCUGUUUGUCCAUCCUUGCCUCCAAUGUUCUGAUUCUGGUGGGACAGUCCCAGGCACUCAGCAAGGCUGUCUGUGCUCUCAUUGCUGCUUUCUUGCACUUUUUCUUUCUCUCAUCAUUCUGUUGGGUACUGACCGAGGCCUGGCAAUCCUACUUAGCCGUCAUUGGGCAAAUGAGAACACGUCUGGUCCGUAAACGUUUCCUAUGUCUGGGCUGGGGGUUACCAGCAUUAGUGGUUGCCGUGUCUGUGGGUUUCACACGAACAAAAGGAUAUGGAACUCCUCACUACUGCUGGCUUUCCCUGGAAGGAGGUUUACUCUACGCCUUUGUUGGCCCGGCAGCUGUCAUUGUUCUGGUUAACAUGCUCAUUGGCAUAAUAGUAUUCAACAAAUUGAUGUCUCGGGACGGAAUAUCUGACAAAUCCAAAAAACAGCGGGCUGGAAUUGAGAUUUCCUGCAGAAAUCUGCCUCUGAUUUGUUCCACGUGUGGAGUGCUGCCCAGUGCAAAGCUAUCUGCAGCUACUGCCAGCAAUGCUGUGGCGUCUCUCUGGAGCUCCUGCGUGGUCCUACCUCUCCUUGCCCUUACGUGGAUGUCUGCAGUUUUAGCUAUGACCGACCGUCGAUCCAUUCUCUUCCAAGUCCUGUUUGCCGUGUUCAAUUCUGUACAAGGAUGCGUUAUCAUCACUGUUCACUGCUUCCUGCGCCGGGAGAUUCAAGAAGUGGUAAAGUGCCAAAUGGGUGGGUGCCGCAGUGAUGAAAACGAGGAUUCUCCAAACUCCUGUAAGAAUGGGCAGCUUCAGAUAAUGACAGAUUUUGAAAAAGAUGUUGACUUAGCGUGUCAGUCUGAUGAGAAGGCCUCCUGGUACACAGCACAUGGGGAAACUGUUUUAUUUAAGGAACUGAAUACAUGCCAUCCUUCCAGUGUGACUGGAGCUCUAUCCCGGAUCUCUUUAGAUGAUGAAGAUGAUCUAAAACGACAUAAAGGAAGCGAAGGCCUCAGCUUUUCCCACCUUCCUGGACAUCUUUCUUCUCAAGGAGGAAUUAUGCUGCAGGUGCCCAAAAUAACUCAUAAUCCAGUAAAUGAGCUCAAUGAUCCACUGCCAAAGAAAGAAAUCAAUGUGGAGCGUGGACCUCUCUAUCUGUGCCCUGAGGGAAACAUGUGGCCCCUGGACUUUGGUGAUCCACAUCAGGAGCAAUCGUUAGAAAGUGAAUAUAUGGUGUUGCCACGAAGGACUCUGAGUCUCAAGCCAUUCAAUCGUGAACAUGGAAAACAUAACAUGAAACUGGCAGAUCUAAACAAAGGGCGUCCGCAAGGGGACACAGAUAGUUACCCAAAUUUCCUGUCAGUGGACCACAUCAAUGUUAAUUUAACCCCACCCUAUGUACCUGCUCAGCACCAGUUUGGGUUGCCAUUUAAACAGCCACCUUCUGUGCGGCAGAUCCUGGCAUCAGAGAUGAAUGAGCGGAGUCGCACAAUGCCCCGCACGGUGCCUGGUCCAUCUCUGAGCGCUGGAUCUCUCGAGCGGAAGCGAUUGAGAUACUCAGAUUUGGACUUUGAGAAAGUGAUGCACACAAGAAAAAGACACUCAGAGCUUUAUCAUGAAUUGAACCGCAAGUUCCAUACACUGGAAAGGUACCGGGAUGCCAGUGGAAAGAGAGACAAACGCUGGAGCAUAUCCUCCGGAGGAGCAGUGGAGAGAACCUCAGCCAGUGAGAAGACAAGUCCAGCUGGUCCCCAUCAGAAGGUUUGGGAUAGUUAUAGAGCACGCUCUUCACAGAUCCAUGACCGCCUGGGCCUACGCUGUGUAGACUGGGAACAGCCUCCACGUAUAUCUAUGGAUAUGUCAGAUGGCGAUUAUCAGACUGAAGUAUAAGACAAUCUGUCCCUUUGCCCUUGAAUUUAUCAACCUCUUGGACUCCAGUUGAUUGCCCUCACCAGAGAAGUGGUGUCAGGGUGCUCUGGUUUUAAGCCCACAGAGGAUUACACUUUGCUAAUGGAGUACCCACUGAAAAUACACUGGAACCUCUGCCUCAUGAUACAAUAGCAGAGUCAAAUGUGAGCAAAAUGGAGAAUGAUGGUCGAUAAAUGGAUGUAGUGGCCUUCUGGAAGCGCAAUUCUCUGAUUUUAAGAUGGUAUAUCCAGGAUCACUAUUCCUCUUUGAUCUAUAGAGGAGCCAAGCAGCAACAAGCUGCUAUUUCUCUUAAAAUGCACACAUAUGUUGUCCUGUCACACAACGUCCUCUUUUCUGCUUCCUGGACAUCGCUUGUCAAGUUACCACUUUCUUCCAGUUUUUUCACCUCCCCCUCUCCUACACCCUGCCAUUUUCAGGUAGGGAUGAUGAGCUUAGUCUUGCCAUCACGAACUUCUAAAGAAAAUCAGCCCAAAUGGACUCAACUGACAUCUCCAAAUCCUUACUGAUAUUUCUAGGCAACUGGGCAGUGGGAAGGGGGUCAGGUGGCACUGGGUUUUAAAAAUGCCUAGAAUUUGUUUAAAAUGAGAUAAAAAAAUAAAAAAAAAAAUCUUUUGAAAC